AUGACUGAUUUACAUUCUAUAGAUUUGGCAUCUUCUAUUCCGGAAGAGGAAGUGGAAGUGACCAAAUCGCAACCACAAGCACAUGAAGGCAUUGAACAACUACAAUCAGAAGGACAGGAUGAUGCAAACUCGUUAAGUUCACUCAAACCGAUAAUCUCAGAAACACCGAAACAGGAGGAGGAAAUUGAGAGUUUGAAAGGUGAUCCAGUCAUAAGGCAAUAUCAUGUUGCAUGUCAGACAGGUGAUUUGACUACAGUGAAACAAUUGAUUUCAUCAGGUGUGAUUGAUAUCAAACAUGACUAUGAUGAUGUAGCUGUAAAUGAUGAAAACGAAAGGACAACAGGGUUACAUUGGGCUAGUAUCAACAAUAGAUUGUCGGUCGUCAAAUAUCUGAUUAGCCAAGGUGCUGAUGUUAAUGCUACAACUGGGAACCUGAAUGCGACACCAUUACAUUGGGCUGCUAGGUAUGGUUACGUGUAUAUUGUGGAUUAUUUAUUACAACAUGGAGCUGAUCCAUCUUUGUGUGACCUACAAGGGUUUAACCUUCUACAUUUGGCAAUAAAUAGUUCUAAUAUCAUGCUUGUUGUCUAUGUAUUAUUUUUCAUUGUCAGUAAGAAUAUCUUAGAUGUUGAUUGUCAAGAUCCUCAUGGAAGAACACCGUUGCUAUGGGCUGCUUAUCAAGGCGAUUCUUUGUCAGUUGCUAUAUUAUUGAAAUUUGGCGCAUCUACUAAGAUAACUGAUGAAGGAGGGUUCACACCAUUACAUUGGGCCACCGUAAAGGGUCAACCUCAUGUUUUAAAAUAUUUAAUUCGUGAUGGAGCUGAUUUUUUCAAAAAGACAAAUGACGGUAAAGAUUGCUUUACAAUUGCUAAAGAAAUGAACACGGAAUACUCUUUAAGGGACUCAUUAAGGACAUGUGGUUUUGAUAUUAAUGGAUUUCCUAUUAAAAAAUACUUCAAAACAAGUGAUCAUGCAAAAAUGGUAACAUUUUUCGCUCCAUUAGUACUUUUAUCUACCAUAUUCUUAUUAUGGAGUCAUAUCCAUCCAUUAUUCGCAUUAAUAGUAUCUCUUUUGUUAGGACUUGUUACAAUUAAAGCGUUGAAGAAGUUUGUGUUACCAUCGUAUGAUGACGACACAAUUUUCCAUAAAAGCAUCCUCAAAUCACCAUUCGUUUCCGGUAUAUUCUUUGGUAGUGUUGUAUUAUUAACUGUUGUUUGGUUUUUCCAUAUCUUACCAUGGACUAUUGAAGAGGGGGAAAGUCAUGUACUAAUGGCUAUUAUCCUAUUUGCUGUAUUUUAUAUCUUUUCCAAAUUAUUAAUAUCAGAUCCAGGUUGUAUUCCUCCAGAAACAAAUCAUGAUAAUAUUAGAAACAUUAUAAAAGAAUUAUUAGAUGUUGGCAAAUUUGAUAGUAAAAACUUCUGUUUAGAAAGUUGGACCAGGAAACCAUUAAGAAGUAAAUAUUCACAUUUGAACAAUGCUCUCGUGGCAAGGUUUGACCAUUUUUGUCCUUGGAUUUAUAACGAUGUUGGUUUGAAAAAUCAUAAAAAUUUCAUUGGAUUUAUUUUGUUGGUUGAAGCUGGGAUCAUUACGUUUGCUUCAUUAUGUUUCGAAUAUUUUGAUGAAUUAAAAGAUCAUUUUGAGGUCAAUGAAAACACUUCCUGUUUCCUAUUGGGAGAUAAUGAUCUUUGUUAUGGGUUUACUUAUGAUAGGCUAACGUUUCUAAUACUGUGUUGGUCUUUGAUUCAAUCCAUUUGGCUAAUUAUCUUAAUUUCGAUACAAGUAUUCCAAAUCCUUUAUGGUGUUACAAAUUCGGAAUUCAAUAAGUAUGUUAAAGAUAAGAAGAGAAGACAAGACGAUCUACAUAGCACAAUAAACCAUAAUGAAUUCUUUAAUACAACCCCUGAGGAUCUACUACUUAAUGAAGAUGAUGAUAGUGAUAUUUUUGAUAAUGUAAGUCAUGAUAGGGACACUUCCGUGAGUACUACUGUACCACCACAAAAUGAAACCCAGAUGAAUUUACAAAGGUCUAAGACUUGUUUUAAUGUUUGCUGCUCAGUAACAGGUAUGGAUCAACUGAAAACAGUAAUCAAAGAAACAUUAGGGAUACAUUCGAUCUCAGGAAGUCGUAUACGUCCAACAAAUUUACUUUCAUCGAUCCCAACUAAUUAUGGAUGUAAAAGAAAUAUGCUUGAUUUUUGGUUGACGAGUGAUGUGAUGGCACCAUUAUAUCAUCGGUUAUUAUUUUCUCCUACAUCAUCAAAGGCGUUAUUAAAUGGUAUUGAAGUUGACUAUUAUAAGUUAUACAAGUUUCCCAAGAAGGACGCACCACCAUUUGAGGUACUGGGCCCAGAUGUUGUGUAA